UAUAACUCUUAGAAGAAUCUAAAGGAUGUAAUAUCAGUCUACAGCCGUGCAUAGUUUUGGCUGUUGUUCAUAUUAGUCAAAUGUGCAUAAUUAUCAUUUAGAGAUGAAAAACGAAAAAUAUCAAUUUUACAAAAAACUUAUAUUAAGUAACGGUCUGAUGGAUAUUCACGAGUUGGUCGCCGGAUCUACAGGCAUGUUUUCAAGUAUUCUUUUGCCACAACUUCAAGAUCCAUCGUCAACGAUAAAAAUCGACAGCGAACAAGCUUCGUGGAUCGCUAGCGUGCCAAAUCUAAUGUGCCCAAUUGGAAUGCUUAUAACCGGCAUAAUUGCAGAUAAAAUAGGCAGAAGAAAAAGUCUACAAAUGACUUACAUACCGUUUUUAUUAAGCUGGGGGCUUCUCGCUGUCGCUCAAAGUGUCAAUGUAAUUUUGAUUACUAGAAUAAUUGCGGGGUAUUCACUAGGAACGGGAGUACUGGCGUACAUGUACGCUGCCGAAACUGUUCCGCCAGUUCACAGACCACUAUUCCUGGGUAUGAGCAUAAUGGCAUCGGGGAUCAGCAUGCUAAUAGCAUCCUUGUUAAGCAUCUUAUACGACUGGCGGACGCUGGCUAUAGGCUAUUUUGUGUUGAGUGUAAUCGGCUGUGUGUCGCUGUACCUUAUACCCGAUCCACCAGUUUGGCUGAGAUCCGUAGGCCGUCACGAAGAGGCGGUCCGCGCAGAACGAUGGUUCGGCAUGCCUGAAGGGUCUGUCACAGCAGUAGCUCAGGUCUCCGAAAAGUUGUCGAAUAAAGCCAAAUGUGCGGUGUUCACAAGCCGGUCUGUUUGGAUACCAACGGUACACAGUGUCUUUAUGCUGAUCUGCCAACAGUUCUCCGGCAUCUACGUCGUGUUUAACUACUCUGUGAAUACGAUGCGUAGCUGCGGUGUACAGUACGAUGCCAUGGUCGUGACCGCCGCUCUUUUCGGUGCUCGCAUCUUAGGCAACCUCGCGUACGCUUCGCUGUACCGCGUCAAAAGGAGAACGCUGUUCACCAUCUCCGGCUUGGGCAUGUUCAGCAGCCUAGCGACCGUCGUAUGUUACUUGCACGUCUACCGAGACGUCUCAAACCCGCCGUACGGAUUCGUCAUAGUCGCUGCAUUUCUGAUGUACGUUUUCACUUCCCUGCUGGCUAUAACGCCAAUUCCGUGGUCCGUUCAAAGCGAAAUAUUUCCCACUUCUGUUAAGGGUACGAUGAGCGGAGUGAGUCAUUCUUGUGCGUACUUGUUAAUGUUUGUGACUUUAAAAAUAUAUCCGGCAAUGGUGAUACAUCUCGGCAUACAAACGGUGCUGUCAAUAUACGCUGGAGUGUGCCUCAUAACAGCCCUGUACGGUGCCUUUUUGUUUCCAGAGACCCAAGGAAAAUCUUUAGACGAAAUUUUAGCACACUUUGACCCAAAACUUAAAAACAAUGUUUCAAAUAUUGACCCCGAAAACACAAUGUAAUAGUACUGUCAUAAUCGCACAAAUAUAAAUGAAUAAAUCCCGU